AUGGCUGAAGCUAUUGUUUCAUCUAUAAUUAAAAGUGUGGGAGGGUUAGUAGUUUCAGAAGCUAAAUUCUUGCAUGGAGUUGAAGAACAAGUCAACAAUGCCGAAAUCAAGCUUCGAUGUAUGAGCGCUUUCUUGAAAGAAGCCGAUGCUUGGGCCAGAGAUGGACGAAAUGAGAGAGUAGGCCUUUUGGUUGAGCUGAUGAGAGAAAAAUCUCUUGACUUGGAAGAUGUUAUUGAAACUUACCUCUUCCAAGUGGCUAAUAAUAAUAAUUCUAAUUGGUUAAUUCAUUGGCCUGCUCACUCAGUUAAUGUCCAUAAAGUUGGAUCAAAGAUAAACAAGAUCUCAUCCAACAUUGCUACUUGGACAACUGAAUUAAAAGAUAUUGGAGUACUAGAGACUUCAGUGUUAAACAAUCAUGAUCAUCAAGCUUCUUCAAGCCAUUCUUCGUUGGAAAAUGAGUUGAGGAAAGUUCCUUCUCAUGUUGUGGACAAUCAUGUUGUUGGCUUCAACAAUGACAUCAAAGAGUUGGUAGCCCUUUUGACUGAAAAAGAGAAAUCUCAUAAGCAUAAGGUGAUUUCGGUCUAUGGUAUGGGUGGUUUGGGCAAAACUACUCUUGCAAGAAAGGUCUAUCAACAUCGUAAAAUCAAGAGACAUUUUGAUUGUUAUGCUUGGGUUUCGAUAUCUCAGCAAUGUAAUAGACGCGAUGUAUGGGAAGGUAUUUUAUUUGGUUUCACAUCUCCCACAAAUGAACAAAGAAAUCACAUCAAAAGCUUAAGUGAUGAUGAAUUAGCUAAGGAGCUUCAUGACUUCCAAAUGAAGUGGAAAUGUUUGGUGGUUCUUGAUGAUAUAUGGACUACUACAACAUGGGAUCUUCUAAAAAAUGCAUUCCCUAUUACUAAUCAAGGAGACACAUUACAUAGUAAGAUCUUACUCACUACUCGCAAAAAGAAUGUAGCUUUGCAUGUGGAUCGACGUUGUCUCAUCCAUGAACCUCAUUUGCUCGAUGAAGACGACAGGUGGGAGCUGUUUCGGAAAAAGUACUUCCCAGUUGGGGCGGAUCAUCCAUCAAACUCAAAUGAUAAUGAAAGGAAGAAAGAAUUGGCACUAGAGAUGGUUGAAAAGUGUGGUGGUUUGCCAUUAGCUAUCAUUGUGCUUGCUGGUGUUCUAUCCAAGAAACACACCCUACUUGAUUGGGAGCAGACUAAAACAAACAUAUUGCAGUGUAUAAAUGAAGGCGAACAACAUGAUGAUGACUCAAAAUACCGUAGUGUUUCGCGGGUGUUAGGUUUGAGUUACGACGAGUUACCAUCUCACUUAAAGCCUUGUUUUCUGUACUUGGCUCGUUACCCUGAAGAUGUCACGAUAGAAGUAAAAGAUUUAUGCCUUGUGCUCGUAGCAGAAGGUUUUAUAUCAAUAAGAAACAAUUCUAGGAACACUUUGGAGGAAGUGGCUUAUGAUUGGUUAAGCGAGUUGGUGGAUAGGAGUAUGAUUCAGGUAAAAGAAAUGAGCUCGAUAGGAAGAAUAAAAUCAUUUUGCAUUCAUGAUCUUAUGCGAGACUUGUGCUUAUUGCCUCGAGCCAAAGAUGAAAUGUUUUUACAUUUUAUUGGCUCGAUUGAGAAUGGAGGGGAAGAGCCAAUAGAAACAAAUGCAAGAAGAGUUUCCAUCGAUAAUGCUGAGUGUGUUGAUUAUGAUUUUGUUCCUAUGGUUCAAAAUAUAAAGGACUCUCUUAGGUGCCUUAUUGUACAAUGUGAAUUAAUUGUGUUUGAUAAAGGAGCAUUGAGACACAUAUGCAAAAGCUUUUUGAUGCUUAGAGUUUUGAUCAUUGAUAACAAAGGAGCUAAAUGUUCCUUAAAGUUGCCUAAAGAAAUUGGAAAUCUUAUUCAUCUAAGGUUAUUUAGUGGUCCUGAUGCAAUUGAAAAGAUUCCAUCUUCUUUUGGCAAUUUCAAAGGCUUACAAACUUUGAGAGUAUACACUAAGAGUGCUAAAAUACCAAAUUCAAUGUUCAAGUUGGAACAAUUGAGGCAUCUAUACUUUUUAGAUGUUGAGAUAAAAAUUGGUAAAUUCUUGAGAUCAACUAAGUCGAGAAAUUUACAAACAUUGGUAGGUAUUGGUACCAAGGAUCUUGUUCUGAAUGAUUUACUGCAACAACUGAAGAAUCUCAAGAAAUUAACAAUUCGGGUGGACAGCAAUUUCGCCAAAUUUUCACACAAUCCCCAAUCUCUCAAACUCAUUCAUCUUUUGUCUUUACAAGUAUUGGGGACUGUCUUCAUGUGCAUAGAUAUUGUUCCUUUGAUAUUAACUUGUCCUAACAUUUAUAAGCUCAGACUGCACUCGGAUAUAGUAAGAUUACCUCAAGCCGACCAAUUCUCCAAAAAUCUUAUGAAGUUAGAGUUGCAAUCACUCUCACUUAACGAUGAUCCAAUGCCAACAUUAGAAAAGCUACCAGAAUUAAGAGUCCUUGUUAUUGGUGAAAGUAGCUUUAUCGGGGAUAAGAUGAGUGGGAAGUGGAGGAGAGUGCAUUGUCCAGGCUUUUCCAUCUGCAUAUCGAUAAAUGCAUCCGAUUGA